GCAGCAGCAGCAGUGCUCGGGUCUCGAUCGUUGCUCUCAAGACGCAUUCAGGCAAUUAAAGAAGUGAUGCUCCACACUGCGAUGUUUACCCCGCCAGUCUCCUCUUUCGCAGUAGACACGCCGGAGCUGCAAUGAAGGCAGGGGCCUCGUCCAUGUGGGCUUCAUGCUGUGGUCUGCUGAAUGAAGUCAUGGGUACUGGGGCCGUCAGAGGCCAGCAGCCAGGGUUUGGGGCCGGUGCUGGACCCUUCAGAUUUGCCCCCAGCGCGGGAUACUCCACAUACCCGCCUACCAGCUCAGGGAGUCCCAGCCUUGUAUGCAAGGCCUGCGGUCAGGCUUUCUCAGUCUUCAGGAGGAAGUAUAUUUGCUGCGACUGCAAGAAGAGCUUCUGCUCGCUGUGCUCCGUGCUUCAGGAGAAUCUGCGCAUUUGUGCCACAUGUCAUUUGCUGAAGGCAACAGCAUUUCAGCGGCCGCGGCUCAUGCGCCUACGAGUCAGGGACCUGCGUCAGUACUUGCUGCUCCGUAACAUCCCCACCGAUACCUGCAGGGAAAAAGAAGACCUGGUGGACUUGGUGCUCUGUCACCAAGGUAUUGAGGAAGAGGAGGACCACGACACGAACAGCCUCCACUCUCGUUCCCUGUAUACGCCGACCCCUUCUACCACGCAGUCAGCCUCAGAGCUGUCAGCUUUUGUCGCCUCUCCAGAAGAGCAGCUCAGCAGGAGUGAUAGCUCUGAUAACAACCAGGAUACAGGUGAUACCACAUCUGUUUCUCUCCUCAACUUGGACCACAGUGAACUCACUCCUGAGGUCAGUCCUCAGACACGACGUCGGGCCAGAGCGUCUCUGUCAGACAUCUCCAGCUUGAGGGACAUCGAGGGCCUGUCUGUCAGGCAGCUGAAGGAGAUCCUGGCCAGGAACUUUGUGAACUAUUCAGGGUGCUGUGAGAAGUGGGAGCUGGUGGAGCGUGUCAGCAGACUGUACAGAGAGACAGAGGAGAACAGGAAAUCAUUGGAAAAUGUGAGCAGUACUGUAACCACAGUGGUGGCCUUCCCCCCUCCUAUCUGCAACGGGGCCAUCGGAGACGGGGAGAAGGGUCCCCUGACGAUCCACGACGACAACCUCUGCAGGAUCUGCAUGGACGCUACGAUCGACUGCGUCCUCCUGGAGUGCGGUCACAUGGUCACGUGCACCAAGUGCGGCAAGAGGAUGAACGAGUGCCCGAUCUGCAGGCAGUACGUCGUGAGGGCCGUGCACGUCUUCAAGUCCUAAUGCGCCACGCCGCAGCGCCGCAGCACCUGCUUCAGAGCUGCAGCUCACACUGAGACUGUAACCUUAAAAACCAUGCAGCUCAUAACCUUUGAAUCCCCAAAAGACUUACUUUGUGGAUGUUCCAUGUUUGUAUUCCCUACAGCUCUCACAUUAUUUGCACAUUGAAAUAUUAUGAGAAAUGUGUUUUUCUUAAGAAUUUGACUUGAGUUUCGCCAGUGAGUGUAGGAUCGUACCCUCCGUAUGAGUCAUUCCUCAAGUAAACAUAUCUCUAAUCUGUGUUCAUUCCUCAGUGUCUGUUUUGCUUUUCUUCUAAUUUUUCAAAGCAAAGAAUGUGUGGCACUCAGCCACGUGCAGUCUAGUUAAACACAACUCAUCACCCUCAGAUCUGCCUAUAAACUGUAGCUUCAGAGCACCUCUUUUUGCAACUGCUGCAAGUGAAUACAUAUCUUAGUAACACCGAGGAUGGAUGCCUACUGAACCUCACCACAGGAGAGGGUAAAUGAACAAGGUGCCAAAUAAUGGGUCACGCCCUUAUGCUUCUCACCCAUUUAUUUCCCCUCGACUGUGUGGAUCAGUGUGUGGCUGUUUGAUUUUUUUCAGCACGAUUUAACAGAAAGCACUUUGUUCACUGUGUUAAAUGCACCACUGCUCACAACUCACUGCAAACUAUGAUCAGUAAGGGUGGCUGAGGUAGCACGUCUGCUCAUUCUUGAGUUCAAACUUAAGCUUGACUGAUGAAGUUUAGAAGGCUACUUACUUAUGUUUAUGUCAGUGGAAAAAGCUAAUACAAAGUCUGUCAUUACAGCAAUAGCUAACCUCCGCUGUCACCUCUGUCUCUGUCGGCACUUUAGUGGAGACAAAAGACAACAACCGGUGCUAACUCAUCCAACCACCUGCCCUGUUUUCCAACUGAACUGUGGAUGUGAAAUUGAAUGUUUUUUUGUUGUUGUAUAUUGUUGGGAGUGGAAUGAAGUGUCUUAAUGCUCUUUUAGUUGAUUUUCUCUCAUGUAGGAGUAAUGUAUUGAACUAACUAUUCAAAGAUAUAGCUACGAGUUUACUGACACCUGUGGUAUAGAAAGUAUAUAGAAAUAAUGACUUGCUAAUGUACAUUUGCAUAUAAUGAUCCAUAUGAGAUGUAUAUAUCUAUAUUUUUUCCAUUUGAUUUAAAUUGUGUAAUAUCAGAUUAUGAAAUGUCCCUGGGAUUGGGUUAGUUUAUUAUUACAGAGUUACGUUUUCCUGUCAAGUGGUUUGAAAUGUGUUUAAUCUGCAUUAGGUUUGCUUGAAUUUAUCUGUCCCUCUUGAACCAGAGCAUGACGAGAAUCUGUAUGACACUGGUUAUGUUAUUCCCCCAUCUUCUCCACUUAUAAAACUCAAUUUUCAGUUUUUUACCACCCUUAUCCUGCUCAUUAAGCUCUGAACUGUACAAACAAACACACACACCAAUUCCACAUUGCUGCUAUUAGAGUAAAAGUGACCCCUACAAUCAUGAACAGUAGCCGAGCAGGUUGCACUUUUCCUUUAGAGAGGGUGUAAUUGCGUGCAAGGUUUGGUCUUUGUAUUUGGGAAUGUUGAACUUUUUAUUUUGGUAAUUAAAGAUUUUAAUUAAA